AUGAAGCCAUCCAAAUCGCAACCGCCAUUUCCUACUGCGAACAGCAGAGGGGGGCGGAACUACGCCAGGAAGGGGGCGCCGGAGCCCGUGGGCGGGAUCUGCGGGGUUGAUACGCCCCCUCGAAGCGCACCACCGCCAUCCCCCCAGCAACCCCAGCAAGGGGAUGGGCAUUCUCGAAGUAAGGAGAAAUCGAGAGGGCAUCGUAGGCGGGGUGGGAAAGGGAGUCGCCCGUAUCGCCCCACUCACGAUAUGACCCCACCAUGUGAGAAAUACCUCCAGACGGACCCCUUCAGCAUGUAUAAACACAACAAGAAAGCAUUCGGGACGAUCACGACGGCGACGGCGAAUCCGGAGCAGACAUCGUCCCAGUGA